AUGUUCCUGGCGUGCUGGCGGGACUGGCACAAAUACUACGCUUUCUCUGGCGUAUUUCGCUUCAAUGGAUGUGGCGAGCUGACAGGAUCUCACUGGAUCAAAGAAACUGGCCUCCUCACAUCGCCGAUUAUCCUCACAUCGUCUGCAGCAGUUGGCGAUGCCUACCGGGGCACCUACGAGUACUGUUACCGAUAUCGUCUGAAUACUGAGGGCGAAAUGCCUCUUGUCAUUGUCCCCGUCGUUGGAGAGACUUAUGACGGUUUUCUGAGUGACAACGGCCGAUUCCCAUUGACAACAGAGCAUGUCAUUGGCAGUAUCAAUAAUGCUUCUUCAGAUGCUGUCCUCGAAGGCUGCACUGGCGGCGGGACCGGCUCGGUUUGCCACAAAUUCAAGGCCGGCACAGGGUCCAGCAGCCGGAUUGUAAAGGGUGUAGACGCAGCUGGCAACAAGGUUGUCUACACCGUCGGCGUGAUCGUCCAGGCCAACUACGGCCUUGCGGACACAUUCCAUGUCGGCGGUGUUCCUGUCGGGGCGAUCCUCCAGGAAGAGCAAGAGGCCGCGCAGAAGGAGAGAGUGGCACCGUCUGAGAAGAAAGUCAGGAAGGACGGCAGCAUCAUUGUCGUGAUCGCGACAGAUGCACCUUUGCUGCCCAUCCAGCUGAAGCGACUGGCGAAGCGUGCCACGGUUGGCCUCGCCAAGGUGGGUGGCUAUGGCUACAAUAGCUCUGGGGACGUUUUCCUGGCCUUUUCCACCGCAAACAAGAUUCCUUACGAGGAGUUGGCCCUGCCGGGCCAGCCGCCGCGUCCGGUGGACCCUAUGCAGCCGAGCCCGAUGAUAGUGCAGAUGACUGACAACGAAUCCAUCGAUGGGCUUUUCGAGUCGACGGCAGAUGCCACCGAAGAGGCCAUCUACAAUGCCAUUUUUAUGGGCACAACAAUGACUGGGCUGAAGGGCAGAACGGUAGAGGCGGCGGAUAUUGGAAAGAUCAAGGCAAUUGUUGAGAAGCGGCUGUGA